CACGCAACGUUGGCACUCUCUACCGCCUGCAAUACACGUCAACUUGGAGAAUAAAUAAAGCAAAUCCAAAUAAAAAUAUUCACCUAUUGAGACGGAAAAAACAAUGGGUGACAAAGUGGACGAGAGGGGCGAGAAGCUGCUGGGGAAGUCCACCAAGGAGGCGUACUUUGCCAGCCUUGCAGAAUGGGCGAAACAGGCCACCAUUGCCCAAAACGCGAUGAUAAUGUUUCCGUACUACCUGAUGGCCAACUAUCCAAUGUUCCAGGGACCGGUCGCCUCCGCUGGCCUCCAACCAGCCGCCUUGGCACAUCCCCAUCCGGCGGGUCCUUCUCCACCACCGGUUCAGGGCGCAGGAGCGGCUGCUGCACCACCGGGAGCUCCCGCAGCUGCUCCUCCGCCGGCACAAAACUUCAGUCGUCUGCGAGUCCUGGACGAGGCGGCGCAGCAGGAAACCAUACAGCGACUGGGGGGCUACGAGUACGUGGUGGCCCCCUUCUGGAAGCGCGCCGUGGCGGAGACCAUCGACGUGUUUAUCCUGUUCGUCCUGAAAAUCAUCAUUACAUUCGGGGUAGUCAACCUGUUCGACAUGGACUUUGACAAGGACGUCAUUCGGCGCACGCUGGACGACGAAGACCUCUUCGUGAACUUCUUCGAUAUCUCGCUGGACUUUAUAACAAUGUCCACCGACCUGCUUAUUAUCGAACUGCUGACGAAGCUCACAGUCUGCUGCUACGAGGCGCUUUGGACGUUCCUGUACAAUGGCGCCACGCCAGGCAAGUCCCUGAUGAAGAUCCGCAUCCACUAUGUGGAGGCGGUGAUGCCGCUGCAGGCACCCGCUCUUCCGCAGUUCGUGCUGCAGCCCCAGAGGGAGCCGAUGAGGGCACUGCUCUAUCCGGCCCAGACCCCCACGCUCAUGCGCUCCUUCGCCCGCUCGCUGGCCAAGAACCUGGUGAUGACCCUGCUGUUCCCGAUCUGCGUCGUGAUGAUCUUUUUCAAGAACAACCGCACCGCCUAUGACAUAAUGACCAAGACGAUAGUGGUGGAGACCGACUCCAAUGCCGUAUUCCGCACCCAAGUGCCACCGCAGCGUAACCGCUGAGCUCGGGUUUCAACCAGCCAAAGUGUCUAGGAACUGUGCAAUCUUUCCUACGCAUUCUUAUAUAAAUAGACGUUAUUGUUAAACCUAAAUUUAAUGUACAGCGGUACAUCUGCUGUCCUGUGAAAUAAAACAUAAUCUCAUACACGGUUGCCGUGGUGCUAGUGGGAA